UUAAUAAAAAAAUUGGCUCCUUUCUUCCGAAUCCACCGUUGUACGGACUCGUCGAGGAAGAAUUCGUUAAUUCUGCUGCUGUAUCUGAGCUUCGGAUCUGAUUCCAAAAGCCCGUUUCUCACUCCUUUUCAUCAUUUCAUCAAUCGUUUUUCUUCCUCGGCGAACCCUUUUUUAUUCUCUUUAAAUUAAUGGGUCACCACUCAUGGUUGAAUUGAAUAGGUAAAGUAAAUUAGGUAAAUUUGAUUGGCUUGGGGUUUUCUUUCCUGUCAGUCCAUCUCUAUUUUCAGUUGAAUUUUUGUUAUGGCUCCCCAAAUCUGACUGCCAUGAAGAAGAAGCUCGAUACCCGUUUUCCCGCUGCUCGAAUUAAAAAGAUUAUGCAAGCUGAUGAGGAUGUCGGGAAGAUUGCCAUGGCGGUUCCUGUAUUAGUCUCUAAAGCUUUGGAGUUGUUUCUCCAAGAUCUCUGUGACCGUACAUAUGACAUUACUGUGCAAAGAGGAGCUAAGACUGUUAAUUCAUUGCAUCUGAAACAUUGUGUACAUAGUUAUAAUGUGUUUGACUUUCUCAAGGAAGUAGUCAGUAAAGUUCCUGAUUACGGUCACUCAGAUUCUGCUGCUGAUGUGUCAAAGAGAAGGAGAAUUGUUGCCAGUGAAUCUCAUGACUGCGAUGAAGAGCCCAAAAGGAACAUCAUGCCUGAAACAUGCCAGCCAAGUAGCACUGGCAGGGGGAGAGGAAGGGGUAGAGGAAGAGGGCGGGGACGGGGCAGAGCCGGAGCGGCAGAGAGAGACCUCCCUCGACCUGAGGUUGAACCCAGUGGCCCUACUAACACUCCACAAAGCGUCAAACAAGAUCAAGUCAGUCCAGGAAGGCAAACAAUGGAAGAUGGCUCAGAGUUGAAGGAAUCACCAAAAGAGCACAAAGUUAACGACGGUGUCAGCUCAGACUCGAGGAAUUUUGACCUGAAUGCUGGAGUUAUCACUGACGACAACUCUGAGAAACCAGCUUCAGCAGCAGCCUCUACAUCAACAGAACCUACCCCUGCUGUAAAAAGUGAUGAGUAUCCUGGCCUUUCUGAAAUGGAUAGGAUGGCUAUAGAUCCUGUUCAUCUUGCGCAGCUCGGUUCUACACGGGAUGAAGAGGAGGAAGAUUAUGAUGCAGAAGGUUAGAGUAGUUUGAAUUGGAAGAAGAAGAAGAAGAUGGCCUUGUUUCUAAUCCACUAGGGUCAGAUUUAGGUAAAUGCUAAACUUGAUAAGACAAAAACAUCAAUGCUAAGGUAAGGGGUUUAAUUUGUUAGCUUUCUUCUAUGUUUGCUCCACAUGUAUCAUUAUGUGUUUACUGUCAUAGAUCAAACACUUACUUUGUAUUAAUACAAUCGCCUCGGACUAGCUUAUCCUAAAUCCUAAAAUAGUUGGCGUGGCA